AUGAACCCCCGUUUUCUUCAUCCUGAUGAGCUGGCCAUAUUGCUCUCCUUGCUGAUGGGACAAGAUUGGGCCAUCCUUCCUCGCUCCUCGCUCUGCUUAUUGGGCCAGUGUGCAGCGCCUUUGCAGUCCUUGUGGAUUUUUGUGCAGAUGCUCAACGCCGCUGCCGGCACAUACCCAGAGCUUCAUCGACUUGAUCCUGAGGCCGUCAUUGCGGGCUACAAGGCAGAGCUGUGUCGUCAGGUCCUUGACCGGUUCCCUUUUGCCGAGCCUCCACGUCCCAAAGUCCUUCGUCUUCUUUCGGACAACGGGGAUGAGUUUUGGCUUUUGAAAAGAGGCACAGUCACGGUGAGCCAACUUCUUCAGGCCGAGCAUAUCUCUUUGGGAUGGGGUGAGACCGUGUGCUGUUCAACGUCACUCGGUCAGCUGGCCAGGGAUGAGGUCAUUAAUGAGGAGUUUCCUAUCCAGCUUUGGCAUCAUCCCAAACGGCAGCGUCGAGAUCCUCCUACUGGCUUGUUGGUCAUUGGGAUUGAGCACAACACCAGCUUAUUCAUCUCCUGUUUGGCUGCUGGAUCCUUCUUGUUUGAAGCCUUAUACGAACAUCAGCUUCAGGAUGUUGAUUUUCUGGUCAAUGAGGACGGCAAGAUCUUUGGCAAGGACUAUCGGGUUUGGGGUACUCUGCGCCUCAAGACCAUCACCUCGGUCUCUUUUCCACGACUUGGUCCUUUGCCUAUUUGCUCCAGAAGUACGCAGGCUUUUGGCGAGUCUAUUUGCAUUGAUGAUGGGCUGGCUGGGGAUACAGUUUGGCGGGCCUUGACAUCGCUCUGUUCCUCCUCUCUACAAGGGAAUAUUGCUGAUGUGGUCCAGCUACAUCCGGAGAUCCUUGAUCGCCUACGGCUUGGGCAUAUCGGUUGGCACCAUCUCUCUGCUCUUCGCUAUAUGUGGCACCAGAGUGCUGGCUAUGCUUUGGGUUGCUUCUCAGCAAAUGGACAUUGGGCCGUCCUCUGUUGCCGUCAGGAUGGUGAUGUCCUGCAUGGGGCCUACUAUGAUGGUCUACCCAACCACCUUCGUUCCGUUGCUCAUGGGCUCCUUUCUCACUUGGCUCACUUGCUCCGCUUGCAGCUUGGCCAUUUCACCUCACAUUGCCUGGUUCCUCAGAUGCACAGCACCACCUGUGGUACAGUUGCUUUGGUGCACGUCUCGCUGCUCCUUGGUCUCCAGGGUGCUUUCACACCGGAGGACAUCGCCACUUGGCAUCGGUGGUUACUUCACACACAGCAGCAGUCUGAUGCUUUGAUUGCUUGCGGUUUGGAGGAUCCGGUGAUCAGCGAGCUUGCUACCCUGCUACACAGCAAGGGGGUGCCCAUUGGGGAAUGCAAGAAUCGGGCAACUGCUGCCAUCACGGCACUCCAUCGGGGCCCUGUGCUCAAUGCUAUGGCUGCCAAGAAUCCAUGGCAGAAGUUGAAGGCACUUGCUUCGAAGCCCUCUACGCCCUUUCGUUUUCUGACUCCCGCUGAGAUGUCCGACUACAUUGAUCAGCAGUCGAAGAUGAAGCACGGCACUUCCUACAAGGAGAAGAAACACAAAUCUGCUUAUCGGGAUGAACUCCCACUGGACUGGACCACAUUCAUUCAAUCCCCUCUGAAGCAGAUUAUCCACUUGGUACUUCCUUUGCAGACAUGUGAAGGACAAGCCUGUGGGGCCAGCUGUGGCCGUUUUCAUCCUGCAGUUGACGCUGCAGACUCAGCGGUCAUCCACGAGAUUUGGGCCCGACGCUUCUGCAAUCUGGACUCCAAGACGGUUACUGCAGAGAAUGCCGAAUGCUUCUGUGCUUUUCUCCGCAUCGCGGAGCCAGCAUUGAUUCAGGUUAUCUCCACCAGCAUCGAGGGCAUCUAUUUUGAACCUCGUGAAGAGACUGGCACGGGCUCACACAGUGAUUUCCAUGUGGUAUGGUUGCCUCCUUGUUCCCGCCAGGAAGCUGUGCAUAAAUUGCGGACCGCCUCUACAGCUAUCAGUUUGGUGCGCUUCAAGACCAAGUUUGGCAUUCGUCUUCGCACUGGUGAUGCGGAGGCUCUACAUCUCAAGCUACGACCGAAUGCCACCUUUUUCGCUGCAAAGCCUGCCGCGUUGUAUCGGGCCCAUCCACUUCCACAUGGUUUGGAUCGCAAGGCCAUGGCGAAGCUUCUUGGUGAUUGGGGUUGGAAGAAGGCUCGACCGCUGCAGCCUACCAGGGGUUCCUCCAUUGGUGGCGCUUGGCUCAUUGGUGCCGAUGAAGAGCCACCUGCAUCAGUUGUGACAGCCUUCAAUCAGGACGUUCUCCUGAACCUCAUCCCGACUAAGGACACGGUUGUGCAGCCUGUUCCGUUCUUUGCCUCCAAGCGCACCAUUCAGCAUGCCAAGAGCAAUUCGGUCCCUUCCACCUCAAAGGAAGUGCAGGCGGUUGAUCCGUGGCAGAGUGGUCCUGAUCCAUGGAAGGGCUAUACACCCACCGUUGCACCCGCGCCCUCCUCCGCGGGACGUAAAGCUUUGGAUGAUGUUGCCGACAAGCUUCGGGCUGACAUCAAGGCCCAGGUCUCCAAGGAAGUUGCACAGCACGCUUCUACCUCAUCCGCUACCAGUUCUGCCAACGAUUUGCAAGACUGGAAGAGUCAGACUGAUGCACGUUUCCAGAAGCUUGAAUGUGGUCUGCAAGAACUUGGCCAACAGCAACAAUCCAUGAAGCAGUGGUGUCAAGAUACUGCUCAAAAGCUUCAGGUUUCUGAGCAACAGCAACAGGUGCUCAACCAGAAUAUUCAGAAAGUUCAGUCGGAGGUACAGACGAACGCACAACAGCUCCAUCAGCAAGUCCAGUCCUCCUUGCUGUCCUUGCGGUCGGACUUUGCCGCUGAUGUUGAGUCCAAAAUCACCACACAGUUUGAACGCUUCGAAGCCUUGCUUGUCAAGAAGCAUCGCACCGAGCUUGAGAAGGCCUUGACGGGCUUCAUGAAAGCGCUGACCAGUGUUGGCCACGAGGCUGAAGAUCGGCGCAGUCAGCUGAAGAACCGCUGGUCGGAGUGGUCUCCAUGGAUCAAAAACCGGGUUCUCAGUGAUUUCCCGUUUCGACUGGGCGUCCACGGCUUCGACGACCCGGCGGUGGGUGAAGGUGAAUUGCCCCAUGCUCUGAGACCACUCUACCUGGAUCGGUCCAAAGCCACGUACCCGCCGCUCACAGCGGAGCCGGAGCUCGCGGCGGACGUGCGCGGAGUGCACCGGAGCGGAUCCGUGCGACUUCUUUUCGAUGCCCAGGUGCCAUAA